AUGUCGACGGCGGCGGCUACGGUGUUCCGCGGGUGCCGGGCCCUCAUGUCCCCGGCGGCGGCGGCGGCGGCAAAGGGGGGCAAGAAGACCGCAUCGGCGGCGGCGGCGGCGGCGGCGAAGGGGGGCAAGAAGCCCGCGUCGGCGGCCGCGAAGCCCAAGGCGGACAAGAAGCCGGUGGAUCCGAACAAUCUCCGCGGGAUCAUGCGGCCGGUGCCGGUCUCGGACGCCCUGCGCAAGUUCGGCGGCGCCGCUCACAUCUCCCGCUCCGGCGUCCUCAAGAUCGUCUGGGACUACAUCAAGGCCAAGGACCUCCAGAACCCACUGAACAAGAGGGAGAUCAUCUGUGACGAGAAGCUCAAAACCAUCUUUCCUGGGAGGGACACGGUUCAUAUGAUGGAGGUCACCAAGCUCUUGUCCCCUCAUUUCGUGAAGACUAUCUAA